UCCGGGGACCCACAUAGAAUUCCAGCCCUUCCACGCUGCUAUUACGUUCCGUUCGCGAGCAGAAGCUGGCUGCGGUGUCGUUUUCUCCGAUCAGUCGGACCUUGAUCAAUCUUUUCAACUGUCCUUGUUCUCGGGUUUUACGCAUUUGAUUGCAAUUGGAAUAGCUUGGAUUCGUGUGUGACCGUCGAUUCCACCAUUUUUUUCGACAGAAUUGGCUCUGAAGCAAUGGAUUGACUUCAGUUUUCCUUCAACCCCUCCACCAAGUUGAGAAAACAGUCUAACCUGCGGUCUCUCCAUACUUCGAGCUCACAAGCCAGCUACAUGUUUCAUCCGGACAGUUUCAAAAGUAGCUGGUACCGGAUGUUUUUAAGCAUUUCGUAGGUGAAACAUUGCAGUUCUUCGUUUGUCUCGGAAGUGUAUGGAAAUAGGUGGCAGAGGAUUUUAAACACGGAUUUUCUCCGGGGUUCUUGAAGCCUGCAAACAUUUAUUUUUGAAAAGUGAUGGCGGAGCGGGGAGCAAGGUUGCUCCUCUCUCUCCUCUGUCUCACCUUUCUUUACCCGGCGACCACCGUGUCAAGACAUGCUGAAAAAGGCAUGGCGGCGAGGCCCUUCAGCCCCUUCUGGUUCUCGGUGGAGCCGUGGGACACACUGGCCGUGAGAGGUGCCCCAGCACUGCUCAACUGCUCAGCGCACAGCGGGGACCCUGCCUCGGAGCCCACUGCGCCCCAGGCCCGUGUGGAGUGGAAGAAGGAUGGAACCUUCCUGAGCCUGGCGCCAGACGACGGGCGGCGGCGUGUUCUGCCUGACGGCUCGCUGCUCAUCUCUAGCGUGGUGCACUCCAAGCACAACAAGCCCGACGAGGGCACGUACCAGUGUGUGGCCACCAUCGACAGCCUGGGAACCAUCGCCAGCCGCACCGCCCGCCUCACUGUGGCAGGUAUGCCCCGGUUCUCCAGCCAGCCUGAAGCAGCCAGCAUACGCCUGGGAGACAGCCAGGUUCUGGCCUGCGAUGUCAACCCAGACCUGGUGCCUUUAGCCCGGUGGGAGCGUGAGCGUGAGCCCCUGGAGCUGAGCUCUAGGCUGGUGCAGCUACCCAACGGAGCCCUGGUGGUGAGCAACGCUUCGGAGGCCGACGCUGGGCUCUACCGCUGCAUGGUGGAGAACGCUGGGCCCGCCAAGACCAGUGAAGAGGCCCAGCUCACAAUACUGCCAGAAACCGGAGAGGAGAGAGAACUGGAGUUCCUGGUAGAGCCACUUCCUGUGACCAAAGUGGUGGGGGCCAGUUUGCUGCUGCCGUGUGUGGUGACGGGUUAUCCAACGCCCUACGUCCGAUGGAUGGUGGGAGACAAGCUUGUUGAGGAGAGUGAGGGGAAGUUGGAGUUGGUGGGAGGAGGCAGUCUGUUGAUCUACAACCUGACUGAGGAGGAUGCAGGCGUCUACAGCUGUAUGGCAGACAUCACUAACAACACUAUCGAGGCCAAGGCAGAGCUCACUGUACAAGGUACUGCACUGAUAAAGUCAAAAACAUCACUUUUCAUGGAGAACUAGCCUGGAAAAAGACUUAUCUGAUAGUGUGUUUCACACACUUAAACGAUCCGUCACAUACCGUUAUCAGUUAGCAAAUGGUUUAGAUCCAAAUAAGUCUGGAGUGUCAAAUGUUAAUAGCCGCCUACGAUCUCUCUAUAAUUUAGCACCCGAACACCCAGAGUUAAACUUUCCCCAGGACACAUACUAUUGUAGCUCUUGAUAUGGUAUCAUCAAUAUACUGUAGAUAGACACCAAACCAUUACAUGCAUUAUGUGUGCAUUCCAUGUAGCAUUGUAUCAAAACCACCCAUCAGAAUAGCCUGUUGCAGUACAAUGUAGAUAGUAAGUAGCCUACAGAGGUAGUUGGCCCGUGGACUGUGAGUCAGAGUGAAAUCAACCCCCCUGUUUAUUUUCUUCUCCUGUUCUCUCUCUGUGUUGAUGUGACUAGGAAGUGUUCAUCUCAUAUUUAUCGUUCCCAAAGUGUUACAGAAAUAUAAUGGGUACACACUAAUUUCUUAUCUUCCUCCACAACAUCUUGUGUGGCUCAGUUGGUAGAGCAUGUCCCUUGCCAGGGUUGUGGGUUCGAUUCCCACGGGGGACCAGUAGGUAACUCACUACUGGAAGGCACUCUGGAUGAGAGCUCCUGCUAAAAUGGUUCAAUUGUGUUGACAUGUUGUGCAGAAGCAGCGGUAAAGUGUGACAUUAAUUGGUUCUCCUGACAAUUGGACAAAAUAAACGCUCAAUUGGCUGUCUCAGGAAAAGGGCUUUUAUUUUAUUUUGAAGGACAUGGAUACAAAUGUACAGGGCACAAUUGAUGGACAUUUCUAUAAUAAAAGUCUCUCUUUCAAAAGACCUAAAGCCUUUUCACCCAAAUGAAUGUGAUGUAGGCUUUGUGGCAAGUUUCUGUACAUAUUUGUUUCCGAGAAAUAAACCAAAUGAUGUGAUGUGACCCAAUGGAAGACUUUGUCAUGAUUAGUGUGGUGGUUUUCACUGCAGAAUGAUUGA